AAGAGGAGUGAGGAAGAGGAGUGAGGAAGAGGAGCAGCUGAGUGAGGAAGAGGAGCAGCUGAGUGAAGAAGAGGAGUGAGGAAGAGGAGCAGCUGAGUGAGGAAGAGGAGCAGGUGAUGGAGGAAGAGGAGCAGCUGAGGGAGAUGAAGAGGCAGCUGGAGGAUGAAGAGCUGAACCCGGAGCAGAGAGUCGGCCUGCUGAACGUCGGCCUGAGCGAGGUUCUGAACUCGGCGGCGCUGCAGAGCGACUCCAGUGUUUUGUCUGCUGUGAAGUCUAACUUGUAUCUGAGCGGCGUCCUGAGUCACUGCGUCCUCCUCCUGUCUCCGGAUCCCAGAAUGCCGCGGGGCAACUGGGGUGCCGUCGCCGCGCUCGCCCAGCUCACCAGCUCCUGUAGUGUGGGGGUGGAUCCUGGUAGACGCUCCCAGGCCUUUCAUAGGCUGUUCCUGCCGUCACUCAUGGACGGCCUCCUCUCAUUGGCCAGUCAGCUGAUGAGGCGGGCCGAGUGCAUGUCUCUCUUCAGGAAGGUGAUGGAGUCGGUGGGCUGGCUGCUCAGGUCUCACACCCGUCUCACCUCACAGGUUCUCAGCUCGGUCCACUACGAGCACAUCCAGAUGUGUGAUGAUGUCACUGUGUCUCUACUCUGCGUCCAGAUGUGGAUUCAAACCUGCACAGCCAGCAGGGACUUCCUGUCUGAGUUGAGCGAUGACUCCGUCCUGUUGCUGCUCAACGAGGCCGUCGGCCAAUUAGCCGUCAGCUCUGACUCCUCGGUGGGCGGGGCCUCCGUCAGACUGAUCCUCCUCAUGGCCAAUCAGCAGGAGCUCCGGGUCCAGCCCCUCCUCCUCGGCUUCAGAGGUCUGGACAGCCUAUUGGUCAAAGACUGGAAGGGGCGGGGCUUCGACCAGGAGGUGGAUCAGCUGAUUGAACUCCUCCAAUCUGACACAAGGGGGCUACCACAGGCGUGUACUGAGCGUGUGCGGGCGGCGUGUGUGAUCCAGGCGGCCUGGAGGUCGUAUCAGACCAGACGGAGGGUGAAGAGUCUGAAAGGAGCCGUCAGCAUGCUGCAGAGGAGAUACAGGGCUCGGAGGAGGAGGCAGCAGCAGCAGAAGGAGGCGCAGCGAUGGGAGGAGGAGUUGAAGUAUCAGGUGUGUGUGAGGCGUCAUCAGGCGAGGAGGGAGUUCCACCAGAAACAGAGACGACUGCUGCAGCUACUUCCUCCUGACCAGGUGCAGCCGUACCUGCAGGAGUGUGAGCGGCGUGCGGCCGUGGUGAUCCAGAGCGUCUGGAGAGGCUUCAGAGAGAGACGACACUACAACAACAACAACUACACACUGAGACACACACACACACAGCAGCAAGCCGCCAGGACGCUGCAGAGAGCGGUGCGUCGCUUUCUGCAGCGAAGGCGUGCAGCGCUGGUCCCGCCCACCACGUCGUUCUGGAUUGGUCAGAACGGCUUGACGGACAGCCGGAGGGCGGAGCUAAAGAGACAGGUGGAGGACCACGUCUCUGGACAUCCUUCGUCCCAUGUGACCCGUGAGGAGUGUGAGCGUCUCCACGAGGAGGUGCAGCUGCUUCUGCUGUCGGAGCUGCAGAGAGGAGACCAGAGGAGGAGGGAGGAGCAGCGGGUGGAGGCUCUGCUGGCUCACACACACACACAGCUGGAGCUGCUCCGAGAAGCCCCGCCCCUCUCUGUCGUCACGACAACGGACGCAGACUCCUUCCUCAGCCCGUCGGGUCCCAUUGCCGCCCGCGCCCGAGACUCCCACAAUGCAGCACUGCAGGCCAGCCGGCUGCCCUGGUGGAGAACGCUGGGGGAGACGGCAGGUGACGUUGAUGUGUUUAGCCCCGCCCACCUGCAGGAGCUGGAGGCGGAGCUUGGAGGACUGUUUGUAGGGGGGGUGGACGGACUAAACCUUUAAGCUGAAGGCCUUAACCUUUAACCUUUAAGCUGUUUUUUAUUUUUGACUUCUUUCUGCAACAUGCGAGUGUCAAUAGAAACACUUUCAUAUAUUUUAAGAGUAUUAAAUAAUAUUUUACACUUUCUACAAGUUUUUGUAUCAUCCCACUCGUACACGACUCCGAUGAGACAGAAGUUCUCUUUUGUUUUACUUUCAUAGCCACCUUGUUUCUACAAUGACCUGCUUCAACCACUAGAGAGAGCCAGAGACUGAGGAGGGGGGCGCUUGUUUUCCUCCCCAGGCUGUUUAACAUCAGUACACAUGUUGUUCCUCCUCAGUCAUACUUGUCAUGAUUCCCCUCCACAUAAAACUACUAAAUUAAAAGUUCUCAGUAGUUUUUCUUAUGUUCCGUGUCGCUCC